AUGUCUUAUACCCCGACUACCCACAAUGCAAGCUACGAGGCAAUUUCUGCUACGAACCCCUCGAUCUCCGCCGCCGGCAAAGUCGUCCUCAUAACUGGAGCCGGGUCUGGAAUUGGAAACGCCGCUUCGUUCUCCUUCGCUACAGCCGGAGCAAAAGCUUUGAUUCUCCUCGGUCGCCGAGUGGAGUUACUUGAGCAGGUUGCAAAGUCCAUUCAUGAGAAAGGCCUCGAUACGGAGACAGCCUGCUUUGCUGUUGAUGUCUGCGACGAACAGGGUGUGAAGUCUACGCUGAACCAGAUAGUCUCUAAGUUCGGACGCAUCGAUAUCGUCAUACACGCAGCUGGAGCCCUCCCGCCCCUUGGCCCUCUGGCAACAGUGCCCCUCGACGACCUCUGGAGGGCAUUCGAAGUAAACAUUAAAGGCUUCCUGACCUUGGCUCAAGCUAUGUUGGCUGUUACCACGUCGGGUCAAGAGGGCGCGUCUCAACCGGUCCUUAUCGUCCUCAACACUGCCGGAAGCAUCAUGCCUCCGCUACCGGGCAUGGGCGGGUAUGUGGCAAGCAAGAUGUCCUCCUUGAAGCUAGCAGAGUACUUGGCUUCGGAGAACAAGAACAAGUUGCGAGUCAUUUCGGUGCACCCAGGUCUAAUCCAGACUCCGAUGGCUGAAGAGCUUGAGAAGGCAGGACUCAGAUUUCCGUAUGACGACA